UUGCCUUUUCUCAUAUGUACAGCGCUUGGCACUGCUUGUUGGCUGGUCUGUACUUUUAAUACCUGGCAUCCUGCUAGCAACACACGGUAAUGUAUAAUUCAGCUCUGAAUGCUUACGUUGAAGCAAGCUCUUAGAUGUGGGGGUGGCAAGAGCAAACAGUUUGGGACUUGUAGUUCUUAGCAGUGGCCUAGAAGCAGGUGAAGUCAUACUUAAGGACUGCGCUUCCCAGAGUGCCUUGCCCUUGGCUAUACAGGAAAGGGAACAGCCGGUAGCCUAUCCUAGUGGGGAGGUGUGGUGAUUGAGGAGCGGGCAAGCCAAUCACAGAGGGGGAAGUGAAGCCAGAGCAGUGGGCUGAAAAUAGAGUGGGGGAGUUAGUAGGUGUCUGCCUGUGUGGGAUCAGGCAAGGGCUUGCCUGUGUAACUAGGGCCACUCUGAAGUUUCCUGUCUGCAGUUUCUCCAGACCAGAGCCCUGCCCAGGCACAGAGGCAGGCAGGCAGAGGGAGACUGAGCUGACCCACAGGGAAACAAAAUUCUGGCCAGCCGACAGGCAGACGGACAGACGGCAGGACGGACGGACGGGUGGCGGCUGCGAUUGGCGGCUCGGCGGCAGGCUGGUGGAAAAUGUCGUCGGGAGCAGGUGGGCGGGGAAGACGUGAGGCAAGGGCCUGUGGGGGUGCAGGCGAGGUAGAGGAAGGACCAGUGGGCAUCCCCUUCCCCGAGCACAGUGCUGACCUGCUGGGCAGUCUCAAUCGGCAACGGUUGAGUGGGCUGCUGUGUGACGUGCUACUAGUGGCUCAAGAGAGAGAAUUCCCUGCCCACCGCUCCGUGUUGGCUUCCUGCAGCACCUACUUCCACAAGCUUUUCACCUCGGGCCUGGCUGCUGACCGCCAGAAAGUCUAUGCGCUGGACUUUGUGCGGCCUGAGGCGCUGGCCGCCCUCUUGGACUUUGCCUACACGGCCACACUCACAGUCAGCCGCAACAGUGUGGUUGACAUCUUAAGCGCCGCCCGUGUGCUGGAGAUCUCACCCGUCCAAGACGUCUGCACACACCUGCUGGACACCAAAGUGCUCUCCCCGCUGGCGGGCAGUGAGCAAGAAGAAGACCAGGAAGAGGAGGAGCGAGGUAAGAAUGGAAAAGAGCAGGGCAUUUGGCUGCGUGCCCGUGAGUACUUGGAGUUCUUCCAGAGGGGGGCGCAUUGGGGUAGCAGCUGCAGCACGCCAGAGCUCAGGGACCUGCCCGCACACCUGCACUUUAGCCAACGCAAUGGCGCUGACAGCAAUGGCAUGCCCAUCGGCCCUGCUGACUACUACUCCUCACUGGCCCAAGCCCUAUCACAGCCGCCUCGUGACCCCGAAGACGAGAAUGUGGAUGAGGAGUGCCAGGAUGGACCUUCAGUUCUAGCUCGAGGGAAAAGUGCAGAGGCUAUGAUGUCCCUUUAUGCUCCUACUCAGAAUGGACAUUACUACCUGCCCAAAUCAGAGAGAGAGGUGGAGGGGACAGAUGAGCGGGAGCACGAACAAGGCCCAGCUAGUGCUUUGCUACAACAGAUGAUGGACUCCUUGGAGCGGAAAAGGGAACAGGCCACGGAAGGUGGUGGGGGUGAGGAGGAUGGGCCGGAGGGCGAAGAGCCAGACGUGGAGUUUUACUUGAAGUACUUUAAUAGUGUGCAGCAUGAGGAAGCCACCAGUGCCCCCAUGUCUCCAAGUUUGCUACCACUGUGGUCAUUAAGGGGCAACGGAGGUGGAAACCAAGCGACUGGAGGGGGUAACAACAGUGAGAGGAAGAUGCGCUCUAAGGCCUUCCAGAAGUGCCCUAUCUGCUCCAAAGUCAUCCAAGGUGCAGGCAAGCUUCCACGCCACAUCCGUACACACACAGGAGAAAAGCCCUACGAGUGCGCCAUCUGCAAAGUGCGAUUCACCAGGCAGGACAAGCUAAAGGUUCAUAUGCGCAAGCAUACAGGAGAGAAACCUUACCCGUGUACUCAGUGUGGUGCCGCCUUUGCCCACAACUACGACCUGAAGAAUCACAUGCGUGUGCACACAGGCUUGCGCCCCUACCAGUGCUCCAGCUGUUUUAAAACCUUUGUGCGCUCAGACCAUCUCCACCGCCAUCUCAAGAAAGAUGGCUGCAACGGCAUCCCUUCCCGUCGAGGCCGCAAGCCACGCAUACGAGAUUCUGAGCUCCUGGAAGGUCCUAUGGAACUUCAUGGCCCAGAAGCAGACAUCGAGAGAGGUCAGCGGCAUCCGGACAGGGGCACCGGAACAUCAGUCAUGGAGGAAAAUUAUGGUAGUCACACACACAGUCCAGUUGCCGAUGGGGAAGGUAGUGAAGAUUUGACCUCGGGACAAAGGAACUCCGCAACAACAUGAAUCAAUCUUCAUCAGAGAGGGCUUUACUCAAAAACAAGAGGAAGAAUGAAACAGAAAAAUAAGAAAAACAAAAAAAACUUAACUACAAAAACUACAUGGUCCUCUUUAAAAAAACAAAUCAGGGUGUCACGCAAAUCUAAUCUUCUAGUUUCUUUUUCCUCCUUUUUUAGCUUCUGCAUUCCGCAUAGAGACUUAAGGAGUCUGUUGGAAGAGCGAAGAGCACUUCAAAUCACUCACCCGUGCUGUCACCAUCUUUCUGGGUCUUUGUGUUGGUGUUUUUUGUAACAUAAUGGCAUAGUCAUGUGCGUACGAGAAAAAGCUACUAUGCAGUUUAAACAAGUUCCUCAUCUCUGGGUUGCAUCUACAGGGCCUUGUCUUAAAGUAAGGUGUCAAACACCAGGCUGACUGCUGCUUCAACAGGUUAGCUAUGAAUGGUCUAAGAUGUGAUCAAGGCAACAAAUAGAUCUCUUUUUCUAAUGCAAUGAGCAACAUGUACAUACACUAUAAAAAAUAUAUUGUCUCAGAUUGCAAUAUAUACAAUAUUCUGAUGCAGCACCUUUUUUCUAAAUGUUCCAGAAAGAAUCGGACAGGGGUUUGAUUUAAAGUGUUACUUUCUCUAUAAAAGGUGUUUUUUGAGAGUUUAUCCUUUCAUGGUGUAACAGGUUACCGUUUUGAGUUGAAUCUACAUGGGGAGAUUUCGUUAAUUUGUUUCUGGCAGGGAGAGGGUAAGACAAGGGAUGAGGUCCUGUGUUUCUAAAGCACUACCUUCAUCUGAUCGCCACUGGGCACAAUCAUGUUAAAUCUUACCUCUCACAACCCUGCUUUUCCUUAUUGGCAGUCUUACUUGCAUAAUAUUCUCUCUUAUUUUUGGGAUUGUCUUAAUAUUUUGUCAUUUGAUUUUUCUUUUGACCUUUGAGUUGACUAUUUUGGGUACUUGACAAUUUACAUUUGUAUACGUGUGUAUAUAUUAGGUUGUAGUCUUAUGAGACCCUUUAUAAGACAUAUAUUGCAGAUAGAUAGAUAGGGUUACAUCUUCCUUCAGCUUCACUCCAGGUUUCUCACUGCGUUAGGUUGGCAGGGGGAAAUAUGCUGUUUGAUAUUUUAGAGCAUUAUAAUUGAGAAACCCAUUUUUUUCCUAAGCUGCACUUAAUGGAACCCAGAAGUUUCCGCCCAAAGUAUGAAUUGUGAUAAAUGUGCUUCAUUUUGAGUCUUUCUGCAGGAGAGUGAAACUGUAUGCAACAGAUGAGUGAGGGCACCACUGUUAUACAAACAGCUGGUGAACAACUUAAGCAGGGAAUCUUUUAUUUGUUUGUUUGUUUCAGUGACAGAAGGAGAGAUAAAGAGCGAGCAACUUUUUAUGCAUUUGCACAGCUUUACUGAAGAUAUCCAACAGAGAUAGAGAAAUAUCUGUUUAAGGAGGUAGUUUGUGUUAGGGAGAUACAAAGUGCUUAUUCAAUUUCUUUGCCCAAGGGACCACAGAAAAAAAGAACCUGAGUGAUAAGAUGAGCAAUAAAUUAAUGUCCAAUUCCAAAUAAGCACACAGCUGUAGCCGAGUAAGAGGGAGGGUCCAGUUUUUAGUGUGCGAAAUGUGAGCACCAUUAAUGAAUGCAAUGUAUAUAGAUACAAAAUGAGAUCAGUUAUAGAAACUUUAUCGCCUUUUUUACAAUGCAAAUGACUGGCCGAAGUUUUGAAAGAAAGUGUCCUGAAAACUGAGACCUUUAUUUUAAAGUAAUAUGUGCUUCCUUGUGCUGGAGAGAGAGGGUGCAGCAACGUCCUAUGGCCACAUCAGAGCAGGAUGACUCACUGAGAGGGGCCUGGAGCAUCAGCAGGCACUUUGUGGGCACGUUGAGACAGGCUCUCCCCAAAAUCCAGCAGAGUGGGUGCUUUGGUUAAGUUAGGACUCUCGUUUAAAUAAGGCAUGUAUGAGGACAAGACUUGACUAAGGCAGAGCCUUUUAUAAACGAUGAAGUGGCACAUUUGAAAGAAAAUUUCUAAGCGUAUGCAUUCUAAAAGCAGUUUGUGAUCCUUGCUAAAUCUUUCAAGUGGAUCUCAAGUGUAUACAGUGGCUGUGGUUACAGCUAUGGAUGCACAGUUUUGUUUCAGGCUGAAUUAGAGGAUGUAAUUUUGUGGCACUGUUCCUUCUGCAGUGCUGUACCCUGUUUAUCGGCCUUUUGCACCUUAAUAAGAAAGAAGCAAGAUUUGAAUGCACUUUGUUACUGAGAGGGGCACUUUUUAGUUAAAAGAAACGGGUACUUUUAAACAAAAGAGCAAAUGUGCUAAGCAAAAAGUCCCAUCCAAGUGGUGAUACUUAGUAGGUU